ACUCACUUGCUCUUUUUGUCUCUGGCUAUUGCACAAUUUGUGGAAUAGAAUAGGUUAGGAAUAAUUUCUUGUGAUUUUCCUCAAGCGGCUGAUAAUAUUACCUAUUACUGUUAUUGAAUAGAUUAAGAAAUGGCUCAAAGUAAACUAAACGAUAUGGCUGGCAAGUUUGCGAAGGGCGGCCCGCCGGGGUUGAACGUCGGACUAAAGGUAGCGGCCGUGCUUGGAGCGGCGGCCUACGGAGUCUCGCAGUCCCUGUUUACUGUGGAGGGAGGCCACCGCGCCAUCAUGUUCAACAGAAUAGGAGGCAUCCAGAAGGAAGUCAUGAGCGAAGGCCUACACUUCCGCCUGCCGUGGUUCCAGUACCCAAUCAUUUACGAUAUCCGAUCCAGACCCAGGAAAAUUUCAUCACCCACCGGAUCCAAAGACUUGCAAAUGGUAAACAUCUCCCUCCGUGUGCUCUCGCGACCAGACGCCAACGCGCUCCCCGUCAUGUACAGACAGCUGGGCACUGACUACGAUGAGAAAGUUUUACCUUCCAUUUGCAAUGAAGUACUGAAGUCAGUGGUGGCUAAAUUCAAUGCCUCCCAACUGAUUACACAGCGUCAGCAGGUAUCACUGCUCAUCAGGAGGGAGUUGGUUGAACGUGCAGCUGAUUUCAACAUCAUUCUUGAUGAUGUUUCUCUGACUGAGUUGAGUUUUGGUAAGGAGUACACUGCUGCGGUUGAAGCUAAGCAAGUUGCACAGCAGGAGGCUCAGCGAGCUGCUUUCGUAGUUGAAAGAGCCAAGCAGGAGCGUCAACAGAAGAUUGUGCAGGCCGAGGGAGAGGCGGAGGCUGCGGAGAUGUUGGGUAAGGCCAUGGGAAUGAACCCUGGAUACCUGAAGCUAAGGAAGAUCCGUGCCGCACAGAGCAUUUCCAGGAUGAUUGCUCAAUCUCAAAACAGAGUGUUCCUUCCUGGUAACAGCUUGAUGAUCAACCUCCAAGACCCCACCUUUGACGACCUCUCGGAGAAGCUCACUAAGAAGAAGUAACAGCUGGUGGAGGGAGAGAGCACCGAGGAGCAGCCGGUGCCGACCCUCACUGAUGAAGAAGAGUUUGUUCUGCUACUGAAUGGCACAACUUCCCACACUACUUAGUGCCCAAAGCAUUUUGCUAAUUAGCAUUUUACAAAUAAAGAGAUAAGUCAAUAUUAUGGAUCAGAGAUGUUGCAUUUUACGUUAUUUAGUUGUAGGCUGUCUAGUAUGUAUGGGAAUCUGAAUUUGCAAUAAAAUGGUUGUAUUCCCAAAA